AAUAAGACAUCACAGAUCACACACUUGAGUCUUGAGCUCUCUUGCCAUGGCUUCCGGCGGCUGGCUCUGCUCCGUGCUCCUGGCGCUGCUGGCCGUCCUGGCGGCGCGGCCGGCGGCGGUGUCGGGGGCGUCGGCGCACCUGCACUUCUACAUGCACGACGUGCUGACCGGCCCGGCGCCGACGGCGGUGCAGGUGCUGGACGGCCCGCGCGGCCACUUCGGCGACACCAUCGUCAUCGACGACGCGCUCACGGCCACCUCGUCGGCGGCGUCGGCGGGCGUGGGGCGCGCGCAGGGGCGGUACGUCUGGGCGUCCAAGGGGAACCCGGAGCUGCUGGUCACCAUGGAGGUGCUCCUCACGUCCGGCCCCUACGCGGGCUCCUCCGUCACGGUGGUGGGCCGGGACGACAUCGGCGCCGCCGUGCGGGAGCUGUCGGUGAUCGGCGGCACGGGCCAGUUCAGGAUGGCCAGAGGCUACGUGCUGUGGAAGACCGUCCGGCUCGACCACCCCAACGCCGUCCUCGAGCUCGACGUCUUCGUCAACCCGUGACCGACCAAGCGCCUCGCCGCGUCUCGUUCGUCUCCCGUCAGCCAUGACUCCAUGGUCUCCAUGUGCAUGUUGAUCUGUUCCACUUCUCCCCUAUUUCUAUUUGCCCGGUCUAUAUAUACUCCCUCCUUUCCGGUUUAUAGGGAUUAUCUCAAAAUUUUAGUUUUUCCAUUUUAUAAGGCUCAAUUUGGUUGUUUCUCAUCACAUGUUCA